UCAAGCUAUUUUCACUUUCCCUCUAAGCUCUCUCCGUCUCUUCUCAUCAUCUCUUCUAUCUGCUACCUCCUCUUCUCUCUCUAAACCCUAAAAUCCUGAAAUCCAAACUAAGAAUCAAUAAAUUCCCUAAAACCCAACUGAGCGAGGCUGUGGGAUUUUGAUCUUCAGAGUUUUCUUUUGGCUGACAAUGGCGGGAGCGGGCCAUGCAAUCGGGAUUGACCUAGGGACAACAUACUCUUGUGUGGCUGUGUGGCAGCAUGAUAAUAUAGAAGUUAUAGUGAAUGAUCAGGGCAACAGGACCACUCCUUCUUAUGUUGCUUUCACAAAUACUGAGCGCUUGAUUGGUGAUGCUGCAUACAAUCUGGUAAUAAGAAACCCCACCAACACCAUCUUCGACGCAAAAAGGUUAAUUGGUAGGAGGUUCAGUGAUGAAUGUGUUCAAACUGAUAUGAAGCAUUGGCCAUUCAAGGUCAUUCAAGGUCCUGAUGAUAAGCCAAAGAUUGUAGUUACCCACAUGGGCGUAGAGAAACAAUUCGCUGCUGAAGAAAUCUCAUCUCUGGUUCUUGUAAAAAUGCGGGAGAUUGCUGAGGCCUAUCUUGGUUCAACUGUGAAAAAUGCAGUUAUCACAGUCCCUGCCUACUUUAACGACUCACAGCGACAGGCUACGAAAAAUGCAGGUGCUAGUGCUGGGCUAAAUGUGAUGCGUAUCAUCAAUGAGCCGACUGCUGCAGCCAUUGCUUAUGGUCUUCACAAGAAGGCCGGUUGGUAUAGCAAGAGAAAUGUGAUGAUAUUUGAUUUGGGUGGUGGUACUUUGGAUGUUUCACUACUUACCAUAGCUGACAGUGUCUUUGAAGUGAAGGCCACUUCUGGAGACACUCAUCUAGGAGGUGGUGACUUUGAUAACAGAAUGGUGAAUUAUUGUGUUGAGCAAUUCAAGAGGAAGCAUAAAGUGGACAUUAGUGGAAACUCAAAGGCUCUUAUGAGGUUAAGAAAUGCCUGUGAGAAGGCGAAGAGGAGGCUUUCAUUUAUGUCUGAGACUGACAUUGACAUUGAUUGUUUGGAUCAGGGUGUUGAUUUCUGCUUAAAUAUUACCCGUGCCAAAUUCGAGCAACUCAACAUGUAUUUCUUUGAAAAAUGCACGGAGCCUGUGGAGAAGUGUUUAAAGGAUGCAAAUAUGGACAUAAGCAGCAUCCAUGAUGUUGUCCUUGCUGGUGGCUCUUCUAGGAUACCCAAGGUCCAACAGCUAUUGCAGCAUGUGUUCAAGGGGAAGGAGCUGUGCAAGGGCAUUAAUCCUGAUGAGGCUGUGGCAUGUGGUGCCGCUGUUCAUGCUGCUGUCUUGAGUGGUGGGAAUCAAACUGGGAAGCUUCAAGACUUCACUCUUUUGGAUGUCACCCCUCUCUCACUUGGGCUGACAAUGGCGGGAGCUUGCCAUGCAAUCGGGAUUGACCUGGGGACAACCUACUCUUGCGUGGCUGCGUGGCAGCAUGAUCAUGUAGAAGUUAUAGUGAAUGAUCAGGGCAACAGGACCACUCCUUCUUAUGUUGCUUUCACAGAUACUGACCGCUUCAUUGGUGAUGCUGCUUUCAAUCAGGCCAUCAAAAACCCCGUCAACACCAUCUUCGAAGCAAAAAGGUUAAUUGGUAGGAGGUUCAGUGAUGAAUGCGUUCAAAAUGAUAUGAAGCAUUGGCCAUUCAAGGUCGUUGAAGGUCCUGCUGAGAAGCCAGUGUUUGUGGUUACGCACAAGGGCGUGGAGAAACAAUUUGCCGCUGAAGCAAUCUCAUCUAUGGUUCUUGUAAAGAUGCGGGAGAUUGCUGAGGCCUACCUCGGUUCAACGGUGAAAAAUGCAGUUAUCACCGUCCCUGCCUACUUUAACGACUCUCAGCGACAGGCUACAAAAAAUGCAGGUGCUACUGCUGGGCUAAAUGUGAUGCGUAUCAUCAAUGAGCCGACUGCUGCAGCCAUUGCUUAUGGGCUUGACAGGAAGUCUGGUUGGUAUAGCAAGAGAAAUGUGAUGAUAUUUGAUUUUGGUGGUGGUACUUUGGAUGUUUCACUACUUACCAUAGCUGAUAGUGUCUUUGAAGUGAGGGCCACUUCUGGAGACACUCAUCUAGGAGGUGGUGACUUUGAUAACAGAAUGGUGAAUUAUUGUGUUGAGCAAUUCAAGAGGAAGCAUAAUGUAGACAUUAGUGGAAACCCGAGGGCUCUCGUGAGGUUAAGAAAUGCCUGUGAGAAGGCGAAGAGGAGGCUUUCAUUUAUGUCUGAGACUGACAUUGACAUUGAUUGUUUGAAUCAGGGUAUUGAUUUCUGCUUGACUCUUACACGUGCCAAAUUCGAGCAACUCAACAUGGAUUUCUUUGAAAAAUGCAUGGAGCCUGUGGAGAAGUGUUUGAAGGAUGCAAAUAUGGACAUAAGCAGCAUCCAUGAUGUUGUCCUUGCUGGUGGCUCUUCUAGGAUCCCCAAGGUGCAACAGUUACUGCACGAUGUGUUCAAGGGGAAGGAGCUGUGCAAGGGCAUUAAUCCUGAUGAGGCUGUGGCAUAUGGUGCCGCUGUUGAUGCUGCUGUCUUGAGUGGUGGGAAUCCAACUGGGAAGCUUCAAGACUUCACUCUUUCGGAUGUCACCCCUCUCUCACUUGGGGUGCAGUGUACCGAACAUGAUACUAUGAAGCGAUACAUGGAUUUUGUGAUUCCAAGAAAUUCUAGAAUUCCCGUGGGGAAGAAAACGAGUUUAACAACUCUUCGGGACAACCAAGUUGCUGUCGACUUCCCAAUUUAUGAGGGGGAGAGUGAAAAUUACAUGAACAAUAACUUGUUGGGUAAGUUUUCACUUGAUGGCAUUCCUCCAGCUCCCAGGGGAGUUCCAAAUUUUGAUGUUUGCUUUGAUAUUGAUGCCAACGGUAUCCUGAGUGUAUAUGCCGAGGACACGUCCACCGGCCAAAAGAAAGGCAUUACAAUCAACAGUGAUAGAAGAACCUGUGAAGGAAUUGAGCCAGCGAUACGCAAAAAGGUUAAUUGGUAGGAGGUUCAGUGAUGAACGUGUUCAAAAUGAUAUGAAGCAUUGGCCAUUCAAGGUCAUUCAAGGUCCUGAUGAUAAGCCAAAGAUUGCGGUUACCCACAUGGGCGUAGAGAAACAAUUCGCUGCUGAAGAAAUCUCAUCUCUGGUUCU